ACCUCCACCUCCCAGAUUCAAGCAAUUCUCCUGGCUCAGCCUCCCAAGUAGCUGGGACUACAGACUGCUGGGCUCGCGGAAGAGAGACUGUACCUGAAAGCCCCAGCCACCCACCAAAUCAGAGGGAAAGAAUCCAUCUUCUUACGCCAUGGCAGGUAAGAAAGUACUCAUUGUCUAUGCGCACGAGGAGCCCAGGUCUUUCAACGGAUCCUUGAAGAAUGUGGCUGUAGAUGAACUGAGCAGGCAGGGCUGCACAGUCACAGUGUCUGAUUUAUACGCCAUGAACUUUGAGCCGAGGGCCACAAGGAAAGAUAUCACUGCUACUCUUUCUAAUCCUGAGGUUUUCAAUUAUGGAGUGGAAACCUACGAAGCCUACAAGCAAAGGUCUCUGGCUAGCGACAUCACUGAUGAGCAGAAAAAGGUUCGGGAGGCUGACCUAGUGAUAUUUCAGUGGUUGCUUUGCCCCCAACCCAGCCACCUUCCUGUGUUUGUUCAGAAGGAGGUGAUGCCACUGCAGAGUGAACUGGCCCCACCAAAUGGCCUCCAGGAGUGCUCACUCAUCAGGCCACUUCCCGCCCUGCAAGGAAGAUGUGCAGGCAUGGCUGUGACUGUGGAAGCCUGGCAGCAGAGUACACACAUGAGCUUUGAGGGUAUGGUUGGGUUGACAGAAAUUCCUGUCCAACUAGAAAGAAAGGGGCAUCUAUUAUAAGGGCUCUGGUCACUUGGGCCUCCUGGAUCCCACGGGCAGAGCUGUAGCUGCUCUCAUCCUUGGAUUUCCAUCUGCUCUUUUCUGCCUCUUGGCUCUGUUCUCUCUCACUGCAUGCCAGGGACUGGAUCCCCUAGAUCCAGAAUUUCCAAGCAUGGGAUCUGACUGGUUCAGAUCGUGUCUGUUUUCCAGCCCUGCUUGAGGACGGGGAAUGGGUGGGAGAACGAGAGCACUGUUCUCAUGAGCCCACCAUGUGAGUGCAAGGCAGGGGAUAAGGGGCAUGUGACCACUUUCCAGACAAAACUAUGUGUCCAGAAUGAGGAGGUUCCCAAGCCCUCAGAAAAGCAACCUGCAUGUGCGGGAACCCUACCCAGGCUUGCCUCUGUGCACCUUUUCCUGACACCAGCCCUUUCUUUACUCAGUGACCAUGAGCUGCUAAUCUGGCCAAAGUGCAGGAUGUCCUUCGUCCUAAUUACAG